AAAAUUGGGUCGCCUAACACAAACAAUGACAUAAAUCGCCAAAUAUCCUCCGUCAAAACGAGACGUGUCUUGUUUCGAACCGUUUAAUUUACUCAUGUUUUGUGCCAGGAAGCUGGUCAAAACCCACUUUAAGUACUAAUUGUUUAAAUUCAUAAGAACAAAGAACGAAUGUGUUAUUAGUCGUGUUUUUCAUAAACCGGCAGAUGGUACGAAGGCGCAUAUGUCGGCCGGUUUUACCUCCGCUGAUGGAUUCUUCUCCAUAUCUAAAGAGUAGAGGACGAGAAUCUUUUGCAGGAACCACCUUGGGGUUGUUUUCUAACAUGACCUGCUUAUUCGACCAAACAACCGACGACAAGAGUCUUGUGGCCGAGUUUAAAGACGAUUUUAAAACUACCAUGUUCGGUUCUGCAUCGACUAACUUGAUACCAAACAUUGGUUCUCUACUAGACUAUGGUCCUCUGUUUCUGCAAGAGAAUUCUUCUAUACUGAAGAUGUUGCUUGACAGUGAAGAAACCCAAUUUAAGAAGAAUCUUCAGAAUUCUGGUUCCUCGGAGAGUGAAGUAGCCUCGAGUUCUUUGCACGGUCACGAUCCUUCUGCUUCAACUGGCCCAGUGAAUCUUGAUUGUGUUUGGAAUUUCUGAUUUUGGAAAUUGGAACAUUGCAUAUUGGUUGUAUUGGAGAAAAAAAUAGGAGGUAUAUAGGUCAAACAGUUAUGUGUAUGUGUUUGCUUUAGAAUCUAGAGUCUAAAGCAGAAUAUACCAAAAUUCUUGUAACAUUUUGUAAAAGAAUCAUUGUAGUGAAAAUCUACUCACUUACCAUUUGGAUUAAUCAAUUUCUUACGUCUUC